GCGAUGGAACAAUCUGAUGUGUUUCUUUUCUUUUCCUGGGCGGACCUUUCUCUUACUCCCGUUUGAUCCUUUGAAGUUUCCGUACCUGUAGCGCCUGUAGCAUUGCCCAAUCGGGACAAUCCCGCCCUGCUAUGUACCUAUCCCGCCGCUAUCCUCCCUAGCAGCUCCCUUUCUUUCCCCUAUUCUGACAACCCGCACUCCACGCCGGGUUCGGUUCGGGUUCGGCACUUUGGGUACCUCGAAAACAAACACCACUGGAAGCCCACGAUCGUUCGACUUACUCAUCAUACCCAACCCGUAUCCUCAUUGUUUCAACUUCUUCAUCGUCUUUCUUCUUUCCUUCUCGAGGCGUUAGACCCAUUUUUACUAAAUCUUACGACGAUCUACACUUGAUCUAACUACCUUUAGUCCGAUUCAAGAUCUUUCAUCAGACCGAAUUACUACACGUGGUCUGCCUCUGUGACCUGAUAUUGGACAAGCAGAAUAUCUACAUACCACUUACACCCAACACUUCUAUCUGGUAACACUCUAUCCGUUACCUGCCAUAAUUAAUCUGGUUGGACACCGAGUUAGAUGUUUAAUAUCAGCUAUUUAUUACGAGUUCAUCAAGGUUAGGUACUGAGUCUAAGACAUCUUGAAAAGUCAUGGCCUCGCAACUACCGGCGUUCCCCCGCACCAUCUUCACUAUCGUAGAGCCUAUCUCUCUUAUUGGGGGUUUCCUCGGCCCCUUCCUGGACCCUGAAUGGUUCAUAAACUCUCAGAUCGACGCCCCUCCUGGCAGUGAUGAUAGCUUCGCUCCUCGAGAUGACAAUGCGCGCUUGAUUGCCCUCCAGCUAGGCAACACAUACGGACUCCUGUUUCUCCUCGGUGUUGCUGUGCUAUAUACUACCACCGAGCUCAAGGUCGUCCGUAACUAUCUCAUAGCUCUAUGGAUCGCGGACAUAAGCCACGUCGGCGUUACGUGCUGGCUGCUUGGGUAUGAUAGAACGUUGGACGUUGGUUCGUGGAAUGCCGUGACCUGGGGUAACGUUGGUUUUACCACCUUUCUAUGCCUAACCCGUACAGCUUACCUUCUUGGCCUCUUUGGCCCAGACCGUCAAGCUAUCACCAGAUCCAAAAAGAUAGCUUAAAAUAGGUUCAGUAGGUACCUACCUAGGUUAGGUACCUGUUACUUGAGUAAUUAAACCACCCUUAAGGAACACAAAUAAAACAAAAUAAUACUA